AUUCUCUAAGAUGGUUUCAACCCGGGCAAACAGAAAUACAUUCAUCCACUCAUCCAUCAACUUUCUCAGAAUGCAUGGAUUUGAUGGGCUGGAUCUAGUCUGGGAGUAUCCUGGAGCCCGUGGCAGUCCUCCAGUGGACAAGCAAAGGUUCACUCUGCUCUGCCAGGAGCUUCGACAGGCCUAUGAAGCUGAAAGCAGUACUACAGGACGUCCCCGUCUUUUAGUCACAGCUGCAGUGGCUUCCAAGAAAUUAACAAUAGAUGCUGGAUAUGAAAUUCCUCAGAUUGCCAAUUACCUGGACUUCAUUAGCAUGAUGACCUUUGACUUUCAUGGGCCUUGGGAGAGUGUCACUGGCCACAACAGUCCACUGUAUCACUCGUCUCAGGAAACAGGAGAUCAAAUCAUCCAUAAUACUAAUUUUUCAAUGACAUACUGGAAGAAACAGGGUGCUCCAGUGGAGAAACUGAGGAUGGGGUUUGCUACAUAUGGCAGAACUUUUCAGCUGUCAUCUGCAGCGAGUGGCCUGGGAGCUCCAGCUAGAGGCCCUGCUUCUGCUGGUACCUACACCCAACAACCCGGUUUCUGGUCUUAUUAUGAGAUCUGCAGCUUCCUUCAAGAAACCAGAAUAAACUUGAUCCAUGAUCAAAAAGUACCCUAUGCGACAAAAGGGGGUCAGUGGGUUGGCUUUGACACCAAAGAGAGCUUUUACACAAAGGUGUCCUAUCUCAAAGACAAUAAGUUUGGAGGUGCCUCUGUGUGGGCUCUUGAUUUGGAUGAUUUUAUUGGACACUUUUGUGGACUUGGACGCUACCCUUUGAUUCGUGAACUCAAGAAACUCCUGAACAAUUAUAUAUAAUGAAUCAGAAUGCACUAUUAUCAGCUCCUGGUAUGUUAUUGAAAUUUUUAAUCAAUCCUCAUGCUCCUUACGCUGCGUCUCCUCCUCCUCCUGCAAAAACUCUUUCUGCUCCUCUUGAUGUAACUCCUACUUCUCUUCCUGCUGGAACUAUAAUACUUCCUUCUGAAGCUCUCAAUACUCUUGCUGAAAUUCAUAUUCAUACAGCUCCCCCGCUACAGCUCCUACAACUCCUGCUAAACCUCAUACAGCUCUUCUUGCUACAGCUCCUACUGCUAAUCCUGGCAUAAAUUAUUCUGCUUCACCUGCUGUAGCUACCAUUUUUCCUCCUGCUGCAAGUCUUACUGCUCCUCCUGCUGAUGCUCCCCCUUCUCCUGCUGAAACUCUUACUGCUCCUCUUGCAGAAGCUCUUACUAUGUGAAGGGGGAGAAAUUUGAGUGUCACCAGAAUUAUAUCUCAUUUCUGGGAUACACUAUUGGCCCAGAGAGAAUGUCUCUGGACCAGGAUAAGGUCACCGCAGUAGUUGUUUUGGCCCACUUCCCAGACUGUGACUGAGCUGCAGGGUUUUCUGGGUUUUGUACAUUUUUUCAGUUUCAGCAACUCACUUUCCCACAUGUCAUUCCAAUGAGAAGGGCAUAAGCACUAGGCCAGGUUUUUGAGAAGGCUAUAUCCCAGCUCAAAGCCCAAUGCAGUCACACCGCCCUUUGUGGGGGUUCUGUCAUAAACUCUAAUACCCAGCAGAUACUGCAGCCUACAAACAUGGGCAACAUGGACGACACUUCCCACAACACCACUGCCUAAUUCAUAUGAGUUCUUGCCAUAGCCUGUGAUAUUCUGUUUUUUUGACUAAAGAAAAAUUUCUGACCUUCUUCCUGGUUUCCAUUAAAGACUGUCUACCUGUAUUUGCAUCCAUCUCUGCAAGUAGUUCUUGCCAUCUGUCCAACAGCUUGAGUUGGGCCAAAAAUGGGUCACACAGCAGGACAGUGAGUCCAAACUUGACAGUAAAUCAACCUAGUUUCUAAAUGUUGCUUACUUUUUUUGACAGUACUGUGAAAUCUGUAUUGUAAUUAAAAUCUGUAUUAUGUUUUUCUGUUGGAACCUACGGGUUUUUGUAUAUCUGUAGAUUUUAUCACACAGUUGUUAUUU